UGAAAGUAAUUAAGACAGGCUGAUCCAACACCAGAAUCUAAAACUAGCUGCCUUACAGUCCUUGAAUGUUUUAUACAAGAGUGAAAUCUUACAUCAGAGCGCCUUACUUAUCUACAGGAAUUACAAGUUUUACAUAGUGACACAAACAUCUGUCCCUCCCUUUCUGAAAUGGGGGUUCGGUUUACGAUCCAGAAGCAAAUCACAACCAGUCAGGUGUCUGAAGACUGAACCCAGCAAGAGUCACCUUAACAUUCAGGAGUUGAGCAUCAGGAAGGGUUCAAGGCCAUGAGGACACCGGUCAAUGAUGAGGCUUAGACAUGUUGAUGUUCAGCUGGGUGUCCACAGAUCCAGAAGGGUUCAUUGUUCUAAGAAAGGUUUGAGGUUUUCCACUAUGCCAUUCAGACACUGCAGCAAGUUUCAAGGUGACUCCUGGGUCUCCCAGAGGCCAGCAGGGGGAGCUCUGGGCAUUAAUGAAAACUACCAGGUUCCCUCCUGAGGGAUACAGUGAGUUCUCAAGGAUCCAAAGGGAAGCCGCUCCAAAGGCCAUGUGAAGAACAUGCUGGGUUGUAAUGGGUGUUAAUGAAAGUCAGCUUCCUGGAAAUGUAAAAUAAAUAUUCCUGAAGAAGCUGAGAAUGUGAUGGCUGUAGCAUCUGUUGUUCAGGGAUUUCUACAGUCUGGUGUCGACAGAGCCUCCUCUCAACACUCCUGAAAACAGAGAGUACAUGGCUGAGAUCAUGUUUGAGACCUUUAACGUACCUGGGCUCUACAUUGCAGUGCAGGCGGUGCUGGCCCUGGCGGCAUCCUGGACAUCUCGCCAGGUGGGACAGCGGACCCUUACCGGCAUCGUGAUCGACAGUGGAGAUGGAGUGACACACGCCAUUCCUGUGGCCGAGGGUUACGUGAUUGGAAGCUGUAUAAAACACAUCCCCAUCGCAGGGCGGGACAUCACCUUCUUCAUCCAGCAGCUGCUCAGGGACAGAGAGGCGGGCAUUCCUCCGGAGCAGUCACUGGAGACCGCCAAAGCCAUCAAGGAGCGGUACUGCUACAUCUGUCCCGAUAUCGUGAGGGAGUUCGCUAAGUAUGACUCCGAUCCUGGGAAGUGGAUCAAGCAGUUCCAAGGAAUUAACGCAGUCACCAAGACCCCCUUCCACAUUGACGUGGGCUAUGAACGCUUCCUUGGGCCCGAGAUCUUCUUCCAUCCCGAGUUUGCCAACCCAGAUUUUAUGCAGUCCAUCUCUGAUGUCAUCGAUGAGGUCAUUCAAAGCUGUCCGAUCGAUGUGAGGCGGCCGCUCUACAAGAACAUUGUUCUGUCCGGAGGCUCCACCAUGUUCAGGGACUUUGGGCGGCGGCUGCAGCGAGACCUGAAGAGGACGGCGGACGCCCGGCUGAGGUUGAGCGAGGAGCUGAGCGGAGGACACAUCAAGCCGAAGCCAAUGGAGGUCCAGGUGGUGACCCAUCACAUGCAGCGCUACGCUGUCUGGUUUGGAGGCUCCAUGCUGGCGUCCACGCCCGAGUUCUUCCAGGUCUGUCACUCCAAGAAAGACUACGAUGAGAUCGGCCCCAGCAUCUGUCGACACAACCCCGUCUUCGGCAUCAUGUCCUGAUGGGGCCCACCGCCAUGCCUUCUACUCUGCACCGGACACCUAACUGUUAGCUUCGUGUGAUUCCUGUGAGCUUGUUAGCAUACUGUCUCUGCAGAAAGAAAGAGUUAGCAUGUUAGCUAGAAGGCAUGAUGAUCACUCUGCUGCAGCAGAGACUCCAUUUUAUUUACCCCACAGAUAGGGUUAGGGUUAGCCCUAGCUGCCAGCUGCAGCUAGCCCCUCUGUUAGCUGCAGCUGGCUGUUAGCUAUUAGCUGUUGCCAUCUACCAACUAUUGGCCAUUGUGAGCUAUUAACUGCUGGAAGCUCUUAGUUGUUACCCUAUGUGAGCUAUUAGCUGCCGCAAACUGUUAGAUGUUGUUAGCUGUUAGCUUCUGCUAGCUUUCAGCUGAUGGCAACUAUUACCUGCUGCCAGCUGUUGUUAGCUACUAUUAGUUAUUAACUGAUACUAGCUAUGAACCAGUGUUAGCUUUUAGCUGCGGUUAGCUGAUGCUAGUUGUUAGCUGCUAUUUGUUCUUAGUUGCUGCUAGCUGAUGUUAGCUAGCCUUCAUUUCUGAUGUAGCGCUGAGGUUUCUUGCUGCAGCCACUUCUUCCUAUUUUCUUGUGGUUUCAUCGGUCAGUCAGUCGGUCGCGUCCUCUCAGGUGUUUCUCUUGGUUCUAGACCAGCUGCUGAAGCUCGAGAUGCCUCAACAGGUGUAACCGAGCCAGAACUGAUAAAAGGCCACAGGUUGAUCAGUUUCCCUUCUUUCUUCCUGAUUCUCUAUCAUCUAUGCAUCUGUCAGGCUGCCUGCAGAGCUGCAGAUGCUGGGUCCUCUCUGACCACCCUGCUGGCUUCCUGGGGCCCUCCUCCCUCAUUUUUGUUCUCUCUAGCAGAGCUCUGGACCUUCAGUCAGCCAUAUUGGGCUGUGUUCUUUGUCAUGAGAUGUACACCAUCAAGCCUGUGAGACUGCUCCAAUGUUUCUACUCAAACUUCUAUCUUGGCUGGAUGCCUCCAUCAGGUUCCUGCACUAAUCCUCCACUAGGGGGCGCUGUCCAGUUGGAUUCUCCACCCAUUUGUAGAUGUUUUCUCACCAACAUUCUCAGUGAGGUUUUGAACAGAUCACCACACUGAUGCUGUACUGAAACCACGGCAUGCAGAGAUGAACCAGAACCAACAGGAGUUUGGACCUGUGUUAAAGGGAGAGUACAAAUUUUCUCACCCGAUCCUGUUUGUUUUUCUGCUUCACCCACAGCUCUAAGAAUCUUUAUAUUUGUAAAGAAAUGAAAACGGACCUUUAUGAGAAAUUCUAAAGUCAAUAAAAUUUAAACACUCA